AUGGCCGCUCCUACGAUCUCGCGGACAUGUCUACGGACCCUACGAACAUCGCGUCCGUCCAGCGCAAUCAUUUUCUCUCAAGCGCGCAACUUGCACAACACCCCAACGCCACUCCAUCUGGACUUUCUCGCUCCCGCAUGGCGUUUGCCUUCAGCAGCACGUCGCGACCUACCGCCUCGCAUACAACGACGACAUCUCUCCACGACUUCACCCAGAUUUGUCAAAGCUAUCACCARUCCGCGCAAAGAUGACUCUGGCGCUGAAAUGCUCAUCUCAAUCACUCCUCGAGCCGCCCACCGCCUCACAGCAAUAGCCUCCAAAGACGCCAAUCCGGAUCUCGCGCUCCGUGUAUCUGUAGAAUCAGGAGGAUGUCACGGCUUCCAAUAUCUCAUGAGUUUGACGAAUGUCAGCGAAGCUGAUGCGGAGGAGGAUACCGUGUUUGAGAAUGAGGAGGUAGUGCAGAAGGRUAAUGAAGUGGGAUAUCGGGCCAAGGUUGUGAUGGAUGAGCCUUCAUUGGAGUUGUUGAAGGGAAGUAGUGUGGACUAUACGAUGGAGUUGAUUGGGAGUCAGUUCAAGGUUACGGGGAUUCCGGGCGCGAAGAGCAGUUGCGGAUGCGGAACCAGUUUUGAUAUUGCUGCUUGA